AUGCAGUAUCAGCCACUUUACCAGAUGUCAUUUUCUCAUCCCCAGCCCCAACCUCGCCCCCGGUUCUGUAUUUUCCGUCCUGGUGGACUCUUAGCACCAUUGAUUCCGAUCGAUGAGCUUCCAUCAUGGCUGCAGAUUUGCAACUGGAGUCCGGAUAUGUAUAUGGGGCUGCAACCAGUAUCUCCGAGCUUCAUUCCCCGUGAGGGCGAAUACGAUGUGAUCUGCCAUCAUUGUUCCAGCAGUGUGGACUCCCUACAUCAAAGUGUUUCCGAACGAAAUACCGAUUCUCAGUCUCCACACUCGUCACCCAAAUCUGCCGCGAGUCAGUCAAAGAGCUGCCCUGGGGGGUUCUUCGGUGCUCUGCCCGAUUGCGAUGCGCCCCCUAUGGUGUCUAGAAUGCCUUUUGGAGCCGCUAUUCCAUUACCAGGACACCCACCUUUCCAAUCAGCACUCCAAAACCCCUUCCUAGGCAUGUACAUGCUACAAAUGCCAUGUGCCACAGCCAAUAUCAUGCCAACGGUUAUGCCAACUCCCGCCGCGCUGGAAAAAGCUUUGGAUAUUGCGAGUACAUGUUCUCAAAUGGGAUCGGCUUUGUCCAAGGGCUCCAACAUGAUGCCAGAAAAUUGCUAUCCGCUAAAUCCACACUCUUCGGGCUCAGAUGCAGACUCGGAAAGAUCUGCCAAGUCACAUUCCCGCACACCUGUUCGAAGUAAGGCAAGGCGCUUAGACUCACCGGACCCCAGAUCAAAGCCGCCAUCCAGUCCGAACUCAAGAAUUGGCUUUGAUCCAACAAUGGAAGAACCAUCUCUUUGCUCCACGACAGUCCUUCAUGAAACGGCGUCUCUUCUGAAUGAGAGCAUUGCAUCGACUGUUUCGCUGACUGCAGCUGUGGAAAGGCUGAAAGAGAGACUCGGCACGAAACUGCUUGCUCGAGGCCCGACUGCUCAUUCAAUUCAAAGGAAUGCGGUGAAUGUUGUACCUCAAUCUCGAAGCUCUUCAAAGAUUCACAAGGUGCGAACAUCUGCUCAACGACGAAAUGUUCGUAUUCGGCAUCGCCGCCGUGCGAAAAAACCCCCUCAGUCUGCAUCGAAGACAAGCAAUGCAAACAAUGAACCUCUUGCUGAACAACCUAAUUCAGCCACCAAAAGACGGGAUCGUCGUGAGAAGUUAUUAAGAGGCAAGAAGGGCUCGAAUGCGUCCAUCCGGUGUAUUCACAAUGACAUGCUGCAGAAUGGUCGUUUCCAUGCUCCUCAUCGCUAA